AUUCAGCCGCCGCCCGCGACUGCCAGGGCGCGUCCCCCGGGGAAAUUAGGCGUGGAGUCGGCCCCGAACGCCUUCAAAAGCGGCCCUCCCGCCGGCCGCGGCGCACUUGGUACCUGGCUGCGGGCGCCGAGCGGGAUGCCGCAGUGAGCUGCCGGCCAUGGGGGGCGCGAGCGCCUGCAUCCCACUCUGCCUGCUGCUGGCUGCCGCGCAGCUGGCCCGGCCGCAGACCCCAGAGAGACCUGUUUUCACAUGUGGCGGCGUUCUCACCGGAGAGUCUGGAUUUAUUGGCAGUGAAGGUUUUCCUGGAAUGUACCCUCCAAAUAGCAAAUGUACUUGGAAAAUCACAGUCCCCGAGGGCAAAGUGGUUGUUCUGAAUUUCCGAUUCAUAGACCUGGAGAGCGACAACCUGUGCCGCUACGACUUUGUGGAUGUGUACAACGGCCAUGCCAAUGGCCAGCGCAUCGGGCGCUUCUGUGGCACAUUCCGACCAGGAUCCCUCGUAGCCAGUGGCAACAAGAUGAUGGUGCAAAUGAUUUCCGACGCCAACACUGCCGGGAGUGGCUUCAUGGCCACCUUCUCGGCUGCUGCCCCAGAUGGAAAAGGAGACAGGUACUGUGGAGGACGCCUUGAGAAACCUUCCGGCUCUUUUAAAACCCCCAACUGGCCAGACCGAGACUACCCCAUAGGAGUUACUUGUGUGUGGCAUAUUGUUGCCCCGAAGAACCAGCUUAUAGAGCUAAAGUUUGAGAAGUUCGAUGUGGAGAGAGAUAACUAUUGCCGGUAUGACUACGUGGCCGUGUUUAAUGGCGGGGAAGUCAACGACGCUAAAAGGAUUGGCAAGUUCUGUGGUGACAGCCCUCCCGUGCCGAUCGUGUCUGAGAGGAAUGAACUUCUCAUUCAGUUUCUAUCAGACUUGAGUUUAACAGCAGAUGGAUUUAUUGGUCAUUACAAAUUCAGGCCCAAAAAAAUUCCCACAACUACAGCCAUGCCUGUCACCACCACGUUCCCCGUGACCCCAGGUUUAAAACCCACUGUGGCCCUGUGUCAGCAAAAGUGUAGACGGAUGGGGACUCUGGAGAGCAAUUAUUGUUCAAGCAACUUUGUGUUAGCUGGCACCGUCAUCACAACGGUCACCCGCGGUGGGAGCUUGCACGCCACAGUCUCAAUCAUCAGCAUCUACAGGGAGGGCAAUCUGGCCAUUCAGCAGGCUGGCAAGAACAUGAGCGUCAAGCUCACUGUGGUCUGCAGGCAAUGCCCGCUGCUCAGAAGAGGUUUAAAUUACAUUAUCAUGGGACAAGUGGGUGAAGAUGGGCGUGGCAAAAUCAUGCCAAACAGCUUUGUCAAGAUGUUUAAGAAUAAGAACCAGAAACCCAUGAACGCCCUGAAGAACAAGCAGUGUUAGUCUGAGCUCAGGCACUUCAGCUGGACUUGUUCUCCGCCUCUGAAAGAGCUCUUCUCCCCACAUAGAAAAAGGUCCAUACGGUUUAACACUGAGCAUUCUGAGAGAUGGGGCUAAGUUACUCCUCACGUGGUUUGCCCCACUCCAGUGUGGCUGGUGGAAAUUCUGAGCCUGCGCUGUGAGGAGCCGCUCUCUGAGACCCCUCCCACCCGCUGCCUGAUGGGGGACAGCAGCAAGCACGGGCAGCUUGUAAUAUACGUCUCUGUAGAAAGAUAUUCUAGAAUUGAGUUGUAUGAAGAUAUAAGAAGGGUUUUAUAAAGUGCAAUAUUUAUAAUGAUAUUUGGUUACCUUUAAGCAUUUGCUCUGAGGUGUCACAUUUUUUUCUCUUGCAUUUUUUAAAUCAAUGCUUAAUAAAAAUAUUUUAAGAGAGUACACGGCAGCCAGUAAACUUGUUCUCCCAGAAAGUAGAGCUGUGGAACCACUCGUGUUUAACAGGGUUCACGGUGUUAUUUACUCAUAAGGUUCUCACCGUGUCAGCUCAGAGCUGGCACUCUAAGAAUUCCAGGGAUGGGACUCUGAUGCAAUUAUAAUUCAUUGCCAAGGCAUUGUAAGCCCAGCACUGGAAAUGAAAUACUCCUAAAUAGGGAGGCUGGGGAAACUGAGUCAGGCAGAACCAUAGAGCUCCAGGUUCAGUUAAAGACCCUCAAAAAAAUGAAGAGAGUAAAUGAAGGUACACACACAUGCACACGUGUGCACACAUGCAAGCACAUGCACAACACACACACAACAAGGGGAGAAAUAUGCUUAGAACAGAAAUUGAGUCAAAAGUGGCUAUAAAUAACAGACAACAUUAACAAAGCUGAAAGUUGCUCUUUUGAAACAACUAAUAUAGCUCAGAAAACUCUGCAAAGAUUAAACAUAAAAAACAGUAAAGAGUAGGGGCUGGAGAGAUCACCCAGGGGCUAAAAGCACUGGCUGUUCUUCCAGAGGACCCAGGUUCAAUCCCCAGCCAUCUGUAACUGCAGAUUCCAAGGAAUCUGACACCCUCUUCUGGUCUUUUUGGGCACUGCAUGCAUAUGGUCCAUAGGUGCACAUACUGUAAAUUACCCAUACGUGUAAAAUAAAAUAAAGAUAAAUAAAGUUUUUAGAAAAGAGAACCAGGUAAAACCAAUCUUAUAAAUAAAAGGGUACCUUUUCUCAGGUAUUAUAGAUUUAGUAGUAUUAAGAGUUCUGGGCACAGUGGUGCUCACCUGUAAGGCUGAAGCAAGGAGCAUCACUUCAGCCAAGAAAGAGAGGCCAGAUAGUAAGACUGACACACUUACUUCCCCCCCACCCCUCUCUCUCAGCAAAGCGAUGAUACUUAGAUGGCAUUAUGAGCUCUUUAUGCCUACAGGUUGGAAAACGUGUAUGAAGUGAGGAGAAAUGUAAUUCCUGGGAUGCGGGGAGGGGUGCCUAGCAACACAGACUUAAGUAGAAAGAGACAUCCGAUAAGUAUUUUAAGAAUGAUUGUCCUUCAAAGAAACUCCAAACUCAAUUAUCUUUAUUUGUAAAGUUUAUUAGGCAUCUAAGGAACAAGAACUGUGCACCUAACACAAGCUAUCCCAGAGUGUAUGCAAGAAAAGAACACGGGGAACUUUCUGCGAGGUUAAUAACCUUAAUUCUAAAAGUUUAGCAGAAAAUAAGCGCCAGGGAAAUAUCCAGUCUCAGUUCAUUUAGGAACAUAGGUGCAAAAGCUCUAAACAAAACCUUACCAAACAAAAUCCAUCAAACAAACAGAUAGAGUUCAAGUAGGGCGUAGCCUAGGAAUGCGUUCAACAGGUGAAAAGUCAGUGGGUAUCCUCCAGUGCACUAAGAGCUUUGUGCAACUGAACACUCAGAAUCCUAAGAGCUCUACAGGUCUCUUUCGGUACCAUUCUUCUUAGAUGAGAUAUAUAUACACCAAGGACGAUAUAGAGAUAGAGAUAGAGAUAGAGAUAGAG